AUGGCAAGUGGUGAGGAGUCGACCACCGAGUGUGAGACCGAGACCGAGCCCCUGUCGCCCCGCGAGGGCGCGCCGGCGCCGUCGUCCAAGAGCGUCUCCUUCCUUCGUGCUUCCAAGGCCGCCGCUUCCUCGUCCAUGCUCCGCUCCGGCGUCUUCGGCGGGACGGGGUUGAGGCUGGCGCAGGUCAAAGGCGAGCUCGUAUCGGUCCGCUCGCUCGCCGUGCACAGUUCCCUGCUCGACACCAAGAAGGACAUCAUUCAAAAGUUGAUUGCUAUCCCAAUGCAACACGAAAACGUGCUUUCGCUGAAGGGUCUCUACAUCGGCGAGAACGAAGAUGGGCUGGAGACCAUGCGACUGCUGGGCAUCAACGAACACGUCGAAGGCCUCAUUGACGCCGACAGUCUCAUGCGAUCAGACCAGGAUCUGUCGAUGUUCAUGCGGCUCCAAAUGGCGAGCGCCUGCGUCGAAGGCCUGAAGGCGCUCCACACCAAAGGGAUCGUGCACGGCGAUCUCCAUCUCGGCCGUUUGUUUGUGAACGUGCAACGUGAAAUAUUCAAGGUGGCUGAAUACGGUGUCCACCGCAUCAUGGACCGGGAACCAAACGCGUUCCACGCCAGCCCCGAAGUCAACUCCGCCUUCCUCGCGUGCCACGAGCAAGACUACGCCGAGCCCGAGGAGCGGGAGCUCGACGACGAAACAGCUGCCUCAGCUUCAGCCGCGCCGACCAGCACCGAGCGCAGCAGCAGCGCCACGACCAGCGGUGCCGGCGACGGUUGCUCGCGCGAGUCGGACGUCUACUCGUUCGGCAUCAUCCUGCUGCAGCUCCUGUUCGGGCUGCGCAUCGCCGACGUCGAGCGCCAGCGGAACAAGGGCAAGCUCAACGAAUCCGCCUUCCGCAGCAAGCACGUCGACGUACCCUACGCCCCGCCGCCCGAGCUCCAGGACGUCAAAUUGAUCGACGAGGGAACGACGAGGGGCAAGCAGGAGCUGCUCAGCCUCGCCCUCGAGUGUCUGCACAUCGAUCCCGCGCAGCGGCCCCCACUUGAGAACGUGUGCAACCGACUCAGGAAUGGGAUCGUGCGCACCCUAUUGGUGGACGAUAACGUGCGCUCGAUUUGGAUGGACGCCUUGCACAUCGAGCAGAAGCGGAUGAACAGUCGCAAGAGCAUCAUACUCCACAAGGCCGAGAACGAGAACCGCAUCAUCAGCAGCGCCAUCAACCAGACCCUGGGCCUCAACAUUCCCAACCUCGGCAAGCUGAAGCGCCCCAACGCGCAGAUCGAGCCGGCUGCCCCCGUCGACACCAAUCUCCUCCCGUUCCAGAUGGAUUGGCAAAGCCUGUAUGAGGCUUUCUUCAUCAUCCACCUGCAGCAGCCCGCGGUCAGGGACGACGAGUGGCCGUCCAAGGAGAAGGGCACCCUGAGCAAGGCCAAGCGCAACCGCCUCCCGCACAUCCUCGCCCUGCUCCUCAUACACGAACUCAUCGCCAAGUGGGAUCGUCUCGAAGCGCUCCGUAUGACUUCGCGCGAGCGAAAGAACAGAAUGCAAAGCACGCGCAAGUUUGGAUUGCUCGAGGACACGUCGGGCCUGCUGUUGAUGAAGCCCGAGCUCAAGGGCAGCGUGUCGAUGAAGCAGUGGCUCCGCUUCUCCCAGUGGUUCCCCAUCGGCCCGCCCAGCGACACCAAGAUCCUCAAAAACGUGUGCGACAUCAUCGGCCACAAGUACUUCCAGCCCAUCCAGUCGGCCAAGGAGGCCGAGGCGCUGCUCAGCGAGAACUCGUCGUUCGGAACUUUCCUCUUCCGCUUCUCCUCGCACCCUGGCGACUACGCCGUCUCCUGUACGUGUCCGCCCCGCGUCGGCCGUGUAGAGAAGGAGGGAAAGGUCACUCGGGUUCACCUGACGCACGACCGCUUCACCCGCACCGCCGACAACAAAUUCAAGUACCGCAACAAGGUGUACGAUGACCUGGAGGCAGUCUACAAGGCGCUCAAGCUCGAGAAAGGCCUGCAGGCGCCCUACCAGUCGAAGAACAACGGACUCGAGUACCUCAAGAUCGCGCUGGAGAAGCGCGUGGACGAGCAGACGCUUCUAAAGCCCGGCGAUAUGUCGCCGGGCGAGAUCGCGGCGCGAGGACGAGCCAUGACUCGCGUCAUCUCCGAACAGUUCGAGGGCGAAGAGAUUCCCAAAAACCUGCGCAAGAUGCUCGUCAAGGACGAUGCGUGGGUGGGGCUGGACAGUGGCUAUGAGCCGCUCUUCCUGCUGGACAGCAAGGAGGGCAAGCUGAUGGUGCGCGACAACCGGAAGAAGAACGCCCACCGCGAACGAUAUGUCACAGUGGCCAACGGCUUCCUCGUCAUCUACACCGACGAAACCAAAGAGCGAACGCUCAGGGUCAUCGCGCUGGAGGGGCUGGAGGUGAUGAAGCACAAGAAGGACGGCAAGAUUGUGCGGCUCUACUGCGAGGCCCAGGGCGAGUGGCACGAGCUGAUGGCGCAGGACUUCCGCGAAUCGGAGCAGUGGGCCGCUGCGCUCCGUCGAUGGACGCUCAACAUCACGUGCCGUUGGUUCGUCGACGGGAAGGACACGUUCCUGGCCACGUACAAGGCCAUCAAGGCGGCCACCUCGUCCGUCUUCAUCACCGACUGGUGGAUGGUGGGCGAGAUCUACCUCAAGCGGAACCCGACCAAGGUCAAGCCGCACCACCGGCUCGACAUGCUGCUCAAGCGGAAAGCCGAAGAAGGUGUGGAGGUGUACAUAAUUUUGUGGAAGGAAGCGGUGAUGAAGCUGGGCAGCUAUUACACCAAGAACAAACUCCAGAGCUUGCAUCCCAACAUCUACGUGAUGCGGCACCCGCAUUGGAAGAAAUUCCCCGUCCACACCUACUCGCACCACCAGAAGACCGUCGUACUCGACUACGGCACCAAGCACGCUCAGGCCUUGAUAGGCGGCCUCGAUCUGUGCCUGGGCCGGUGGGACGACAAGACCCACCCGGUCGUGGACGACAACCACAUCAACAGGCGUUACCCCGGCAAGGACUACAUCAACCCCGAGGCACCCAAUCCCCUGUGUGUGGAGGGGUCGGUGACGUACGAGGACCCGUACCUGGACAUGCAUGACCGGGACACGGUGCCGCGCAUGCCGUGGCACGACAUCCACUGCCUCCUCAACGGCGAGGCGGCCAUGGACGUGGGCCACAACUUCAUCCAGCGGUGGAACAGCCAUCGCCGCGCCAUGAAGCCCAAGCACCGCAGCGACUACCCCAUCCUCACCCCCGCCUUCAACCCCUUCCAAAUCGAACGCGAAAAAGACGCCAAGAAAGCGGCGUACAAGGCGCUCAAUUUUACGAACCUGAAGGAGACGUGGGAGAAGCGGAAGGAGGAGAAGGAGGAGAAGCAGAAGCUGCGGGAGAAGGAGCGGCACGAGCGCAAGGAGAAGGACAAGGAGAAGCGCAAGGAGCGCGACGAGGAGAAGAAGAAGCGGCGCGAGGAGCGGCGCGGCAUGGAGCGCAAGGGGAGCUACCUCAUCACCAAGCUCAAAGAGAAGAUCGAGGACCACAACAGCACCAGCGCGGCCGGGGCCGGGGCCGGGGCCGGGGCCGACGAUACCGCGGCCGAGAAGCUGCAGCGCAAGCUCGAGCGCAAGAAGCGACGCGAUGAAAGAGAGAAAGAGAAGGAAAAGGAGAAAGGCAAGGAAAAGGAGAAGGAAAAGGAACAUGGAGAGGACGGUGAUGGCGAUGAGAAGAAGAAAAAGAAGAAAAAGAAGGAAAAGAGCAGAGAUCAACAGCACGACGGCGAUGGCGAUGCGGCGGCGGCGGCCGAGGGCGAAGCCGAAGUGUCGACGGUGUCGACGACAGCAGAGGAAAGUGUCGACGCGGUCGGCGACCACCACCAUCCCCUUGUCUCUAGUGUCGACAGCAAUAGCACCCGCAAGAGCGGCGAAGUCGGCAGCGGCAGCGGCGGCGGCGGCGGCGGCGGUGCGAAGGAGGAGGACCCGAAGAAGCGGCACAAGAUCCGGGACUUCCUGCAGAAGGAGAAGCAGCAGGUGAAGGGCGCGUUCGCCGACAUCUUCGAGUACUCGAGCCAGGACAUGCUCAAGAAGGCCGCGCCGCACGCGCACCAUAGCGGCGAGGGCCAGUGGCACGGCCCGACCCACAACGCCGAGUGCUCGCAGUCGUCGCUCGACAUCGUCUGUCGGUGCCAGCUCCUCCGGUCCUUCUCUGAAUGGAGCGGAGGAAAUCGUUUGGAGAAGUCCAUCCAGAUGGAGUACAUCAAUGUGAUCAACAACGCCCAACACUUCAUCUACAUCGAGAACCAGUACUUCAUCUCGGGCCUGUCCAACUCGGGUCCGGUCAACAAGGUGGCCGAGGCGCUGGCCAACCGCAUCAUCCGGGCCGUCAAGGAGCAACAGCCCUUCAAGGUGGUGGUGGUGUUGCCCGUCCUGCCUGACCCCGGACCGCUGACCUGGCCCGGCCGCGCCGUCACCCGCCUGCACGCCGACACGAUCUGGAACAGCAAGACCUCGCUGCUGUCGAUGCUUCAGCAGAACGGAGUGAGUCGAGAGGCGGCGGGCGAGUACGUGAGCUUCCACGGGCUGCGGAACUGGGGCAAGACCGUGACCGGCAACUACCUCUCCCACCAGAUCUACGUACACUCCAAGCUUAUAAUUGUGGACGACAAGAUCGCGAUCAUCGGUUCGGCCAACAUCAACGACCGCAGCAUGAACGGCAACAAGGACUCGGAGAUCGCGGUCAAGAUCACCGACACCGAACUCAAGCCGGGCCUCAUGAACGGCCGCCCCUUCUCCGUCGGCAGGUUCUGCCACUCGCUCCGGGUGACGCUGUGGAAGGAGCACCUGGGGAUCAAGGAGCGGCACCGGGAGAAGGACAAGGAGCAGGAGCGGGACCUCAUGCGCACCAUCUGCGACCCCGUGGUGGGCUACGACUACUGGAAGGCCAUCUCCAAGCAGAACUCGCUCGCCUUUGCCAAACUCUUCCCCUGGACGCCUCAGGAUGCCAUCGGCACGCUGGAGGAGUGGAGGGAGCGAAUGAAGGACUGGGAGCGGCAGCGCGACGACCACGCGCGUCAGCAGUGGGAGCUCGCGCGCGAGGUGCGCGCCCAGCAGAAGAAGAAGCAGAAGGAGAAGCAGCUCAAGGAGCAGAAGGAGGCCACGCUCAAGGACCGCGCGCGCCUCGCCCGCAAGAAGUCGAUCAACCACAUCAACCACGACGCGGGCGAUGACGUCAGCGGCGGAAGCGGCAGCGGCAGCGGCGACGGCGCGGGGGAGGUGGCCACCAAGGAAAAGGAGGCCGUGGCCAAGUCGGCGUUCGAGGCCGAGCUGAGCGGGAUCGUGGGCCACGUGGUGGACUACGCCUUCCUGUUCCUCCAGUACGAGAGCAUCUCCUUCAGCGAGCACCUCACCCUCACCGCCGUCGGCACCCUGCCCGUCACCGCAGACAUGUUCUACUGA